GUGUGUGUGUGUGUGUGUGUGUGUGUGUGGGAGAGAGAGCAAGAAAGAGAGAGAGAGGAAAAGGGGAGGAGAUAAAAAAGGGAGGAACAGAGUGGAGACGAAGGGAGAGAGACAUAGUAAGGAGGUUUAGGAGCAAGAGGGAGUUGUUGCCGGUGGUACAGUACAGACCGACAGACAAACACAACUCAUUUUCCUCCUGCAGCUUCCACGCACAGCGGCGAUCCCAGUGUGCUUUAAACAAGCCGGGGUGGAAGUGCAGGCGACAGAGAAAGGGAGUUGCCUACUAGCAGAGGUCAGGCAGGCAGGCAGAGGGGAAGCCGGUGGAUGUUUUUAAGAGUUUGCUUAUCUGACACUGACAACAGGAUGAGAAGCUGAGUAAGGGAGCAGAGAGGGGAGAAAAACAUGGAGAGAGCAGCAUUACCUACAGUCCAUUUACACAGGAGACAUGGGACAGACAGGCACAGGUUACCUUGAGAGAGGUUAAAAAAGAGAGAGAGAGAGAGAGAGAAGACGAGAGAGAAAAAGAGGUAAAUAGUCCACUUUGUCCAUUCUGUCCAAAGGAGCGGGAGUGAGAGCCGAGGGAUCGUAACACUGGAGCUCAAGGAUAAACCAUGGACUCUGCAUACAUCCCACCACACCUGGACGUCCACCAUGUUCCCUGCUAACCUCCUGCUCCUCAUGGUCCUGCUGCUACCUCAAGCCUCGUCUGGUCGCCAGGGUGGAGACACCAGCAAGAUCGACCAUGGCAGGGUGCCCCCCAUGCCUCUCUCCCUCCUGAAGCCCAGUCUGGCUCAGACCAUCCAGAGUCUCCUCCUGAGCCGGCUGGGCCUGCAGUCGCAGCCCAACCCUCGGCCCGGAGUGCCGGUGCCUCGUUACCUCCUGGAUGUUUACCGCUUCCACCAGCAGCAGUACCAUCUAGUGGAGGACCCUUCAUUUAGCUUCCCCAGCCAGCACAUCCAGCAGGCGAACACCGUACGCAGCUUUCACCACAAUGAGCCCCUUGCAGACAGCUCCAUAGCAGAGGAUCAUAAGAGGGUGCACAUCUCCUUCAAUAUUUCCUCCAUCCCUGAGGAUGAGAGGGUGCUCUCCGCUGAGCUUCGGCUGCUCCGCAGUGACAGAGCGUCCUUGGGCCCUGGGGCCCACAGACUAAACAUAUACCUCUCUGAGUACCAUGAGGACCCUGAGCUCACCCUGCUGGAGACAAGGUUACUCAACACUGGCCUCCACAGCCAUAAAGCAAGUGGUUUCUGGGAGGCUUUUAGCCUAAAUACAGAGCUCCUCCAAAAGGCUCUUGCUGGGACCGGCAGCCUGGGCUUCCUCCUGGAGGUCAGACCUGAGAACAGCACCACCUCACUCCCUGAGCAGAGUCUCUCCUCUGCUGCAAGUGAGGAAGAGGCAGGGAAACACAAAGAGGGACACCUGAGAGUAUGCAGGUCUGUGGGGCAGGACGAGCACAGCUGGGCCCAGGAGAGACCACUCUUGGUGACAUACAGUCAUGACGGGCGUGGAGAGCCUUUAGUCAAACAUGGCAGGAGGAUGAGAGGGAGAAAAGGGACAAAAGAGAGGGCCAGGAGCAGCAGCAAGGGCCGCGACAGAGACCAAGCCUGGGGGAGGGCCAAAAAAACGGGGUACACAGUGCCAGGGUGGGGUCGUGAUAAAGGAGGGGCCAGUUGGAGCGAAGGCGUAAGGGUGAAAAGAAACGGCGGCCGUGCUGCGAAACUGAAACGCCUUUCCCGUAACAGAUGCCGCCGUCACCCUCUGUAUGUAGAUUUCAACGAUGUGGGCUGGCACAAGUGGAUCAUUGCGCCCAGCGGCUACGACGCCUUCUUCUGCCUGGGAGAGUGUCGCUUUCCUCUGGCCGACCACAUGAACUCCUCCAGCCACGCCAUGGUGCAAACUCUGGUAAACUCUGUGAAUGGAGCAGUGCCCCGGGCCUGCUGCGUCCCCACCUCCCUCAGCCCCAUCGCCCUGCUCUACCUGGACCCUCAAGACCGAGUGGUGCUGAAGAACUACCAGGACAUGGUGGUGGAGGGCUGCGGCUGCCGGUAGUGGGCUUCACCCAGAGAAAGCCAGACAGAGGAGCAUCGAGGGAACAGGAGAGAGACAGAAGCAUGGCCAGUUAGCUGCAAACAGACUGAUAGAGACAAAUGUAGCAGCAGUAGGAAGAUGAGUGGAGAGGAAAGAGAUAAGGGAAUGCUUAUAGCAGCAAAAUCAUCAUUAAAAAGGGUCAGACAUAGAAAGAGAAAGAAAAAGAGUUAGAGAAACAGACAAAAUCUUCCACACAACAUGAUAAAUGAUCAGACAAGAAGGCAGAGCAGAAAUAUGAUUAACACAGGUAGCAAACUGCCAAGAGUUAAUUUUUUUCGCCCAUUUAGCGAUGAUGCAGCGGUGUACACCAUCAACUGCUACUUGUGCCCUCAUGAGAAACCAGCGCUUUACCAUCAGAAGGUGUCUGUUCUAUAUUCCCUUGUUUGCCACUCAUCUCACUCCCACACGACUGUCUGACAGGCACAUGUGUUUAGCUGUUGGGCAGCCAAAAUGGCGAAUGUGCAACGCAGACAGUUGUGAAAUACCUUCGAUUUAAGCUCCGGAGCAGAACUUUCUGAUGGACUUCCCGAUGAUCGACAGCAUUAGCAGCAUAGAUGGCACUAGCGCUGCAUCUAAAACUGAGUGUGACAGUGUUGUUUCCGCAGUAUUCGAACCAAGAAGUAGGGUGCAUCUGUUUUUAUGAACGUUAAUAUAAUGACAGACCGCCGCCUACAGGCACCCGUACAUCACAAGCUAUUUAAAACCACAACAAUAAUGCUGAAGAACUAUUAUGCUAUUGUUUGAAUGUACUACUAUCACUAUUAUUUAAAAACAGAGACUUUUUUUGUACAUUCCUCUUGCAGACGUGAAGAAAAUCCAAGUGAUGGUUGUCCUGUGAUUAUGCGUAAUUCCACUGAAUGGCGAUUCUAACUUAAAAGACACGUUAUGUAUUUAAAUAGCAGCAAUAUGGUGUAUUUAAUCUUGAAAAUAUUUAAGAUACCUGCACUCAACAGAGCAUACAGCAAACUGAAAGCCUGCCGUCCACAUGAAGUAAGUUAUGGUAGCUUUACAUCCGUACAAAUGUUCAGUGUAUUGAAUUAACAGUCUAUGUUACUUCCCACCUUAUCAUUGCACACAUUUUGGUGUACAACACAUGAUAGCGGACAUAAGUGGUGUCGCCUUUCAAAGCUCAACUAACAAGUCAAUGGAAAGCUCUAUGUAUUGUAGCUACUGAAGUGAAUAACAACAGAUGUCUUUGCUAGUUGUGUCUGCAUGUGUCAAGAAAAAAAGGAAGACUGAUAUUAAAACUGGGACUUUAGUGCCUUUCAAACAGGGGCUUUAAAAGUGUUCUCUGCUGAGCUUAGUAAAUGGUUUUCAGUGUUGCGUCUUUCUCUUUAAAUGGAAACAUUUAAGCAACAGCUUGUAAAAUGUUUGACAAUAUACCUCUAAUAAACAAAGCAAA